AUGCCCCGACCAGGGAGGAACACGUACAGCGACCAGAAACCUCCCUAUUCCUACAUCUCCCUCACCGCCAUGGCCAUCCAGUCCUGCCCGGAGAAGAUGCUCCCUCUCAGCGAGAUCUACAAGUUCAUCAUGGACAGGUUCCCUUACUACAGAGAGAACACCCAGCGGUGGCAGAACUCCUUACGGCACAACCUGUCCUUCAACGACUGUUUCAUCAAGAUCCCGCGGCGCCCGGACCAGCCCGGGAAGGGUAGCUUCUGGGCUCUGCACCCCAGCUGCGGGGACAUGUUCGAGAACGGGAGCUUCUUGCGGCGCCGUAAACGGUUCAAGGUGAUGAUGAUGAUGGCGCAGGAGCACCUGGCUCAGUCCAAGCAGUCUGACGCAGCCCAUUAUCUCAGGCUUAGUGCCCUGGCUGCCACCGGCACACACCUCCCUCAGAUGUCCAGCUAUAACUUGGGAGUGUCACAGCCAUCAACUUUUAAACACCCAUUUGCUAUAGAGAACAUCAUCGCCAAAGAGUACAAGGUUCCCGGGAGUCUGGCGUUCUCCACCAUGCAGUCGAUGUCUGCAGGCUACCCGCUGCACAACCAGUUGACUGCGGCCUGGCCUCACAUGUACAACACUAUGGUGGACCCUGUUUCUCCUAUCUCUAUGAGCGGUGACUACGUGGCCUACCGCAUGCCUCUUAAAUCUCUGUGUCACGGAGGACAGACCCUACCCGCCAUUCCGGUGCCCAUCAAGCCCAACCGGACCACGGUAGGUCUCUCGGCGGGGCUGACGCGACACACAUCCGCCUUCCUUUCGAACUCUCCCCAAUCUCUGAGCCCCACCUCCCCGCAGACAGACACCAGCCAAAGCAGCCCCCCUACUCCCAGGGAGACUCACACCAACCCGACACUGCAGUCCGUGGCAGUGCACUAA